AUCACCCUCCGAUGCAGCUUCUAGCGCUAUUUUGUUGAACCAAAGAUCGCACGGAAACGUUGUGCGCCACCUGAGGUAGUUGCAGUAGGGUCUCAGUCACUUUUCUUCUUACUUCUAGCCAGGAAGCAAUUCAUUGGGCCCUACAGCGACGCUCCCUCCAGUGCAGUCAGGCAGCCCAGGCAGCUUCUAUGCGGUCAGCUUCCGAAGAGGGCAUCUGGAAGCAAGCUGACAUGUAGCGAGUUCACAUGUGCUAAGCGAGAAGGAAGAUCGGCUUCGCAGCACCCAGUGCAAGGCCUAUGGUUUUCAGAGGGGAUCUUGGACCCUUGAUGGGGCCUGAGGGGGCUGCGGGCAGCGCAUGGAUGGUGUAGAGGGGCACUUGGUGGAGCCUCAGGAUUCGAAUGGGGCCCACCAGCCCUCACCAGCUGGCCAGGCUGCACCCAGUGCUAGCAAAGCUCAGCCAUUCGAGCCCAUCACAGCUCGCUCAGCCUCACCGCCUGGCACUGUGGGACACAGAUUGCAGCACGUGCACCCUCAACCUAACCAGCUUCAGAGCCUGCCAACUGCGCUCGGUCACAUGCCCCUAAAAGGGGACGCGAGGCCGCUGCAAAAUGGGGUCCCUUCAGGAGGCCCAGGCCAGGCCAGCGGGCAGGGGCAGCCGUGGAUUGGGCAGCCAUCUGGGCAGGCACCCCUGCCUCAGCGCAUGCCUGUGCAUCAUGAUGCCCCUGGUUUCACGCAAUUUUUGGCUGACCAG